AUGGCGUUCGCAUCGAACGUGCUGGCAUCAGUCAGUCUUCUGCUGCUAUCCCCGCAGCUAUGGCACCUUUCUGUUGCCUUCGUCGUGGUGCAUCCUCCUAGCGACCAUGGCGGUGCCUCGCAUGGCCGGUUCUCGGAAAGGGCAGCAGCGGCGGCCUCGCAGUGGGCAAGGGCGCCAACUACAGCCGUCCACGCCGACUCCCCGGGAAGAACCAGGCAAGGCUCGCGAUGUCGAUGUCACCCGCCCUCGUUCGAUAGUAGUAGUGGUAGUACUAGUAGUAGUAGUAGUCGAGAGCGGAGAGCAUCGGAGGGGCGUGUGGUCGGCGGCGCCGGGAGGGGGAGGAGGACGAGACGUCGGAGUCGACAGCGCUUGCUGCAAGCGAGACCGGGCAACGAGGUGGAGCCGCCGGAGAGAGAAGUGAUAGACGCCGAGUUCUCGGACGACUUCAGCAAGAUCGUCGAGGCGGACCGGGCCAGCAAGCGAAAGAAGCCUCGGGAGGAGAAACCAGCUCCUCGCAAGAAGAAGGCGGUCAAAGCGGCAGCAGCGAAGAAGGGCGCGGCCUCGACCCCGGCCCCGGCCCCGGCUCCUUUCACGUUCGCGGGUUCCGGUUUUGCGUCCUUGGAAGAAGCGCUUGCCUCGGGGGAGUUCGCGGAUCUGUCGGGCGGGCGGGGGUCUUGCCUGAAGCGCGUGGACGAGGACGGGUUCGAAACCGACGGAAAUCCACCCAAAGGCUCCAAGAUCAAGGUGCACUACAAGAUGAAGGUUGUUGACGGGGAGAACAUAGCGUCCAGUGGAGAAGACCGGACCAAGCCCUUCGAGUUUAGACUGGGCCGCUGGCCGAGCGAGGCGACCCACGGCUGGGACAAGGCCAUCUCAGCGAUGCACAGGGGAGAGGUCGCCACUCUCAUCUGCGGGCCCCAGUACGCCUUCGGCGCGGCCGGCGCGCCGCCCAGAAUCCCCCCCAACGCCACCGUCGAGACUCGCCUGGAGCUGGAGGACUGGCUCGACCUUGCGGCGGAAUAUAAUGCCGUCCCCGGGAAGGUGGAGACGGACGAGGAGCUGAGAGAGAGGUGGAGCGAGGACCUGGCGGACGGGACGAGCCCCAUGAAGGACGAAGCAGGGUUGAAUAAAAAAUUGCAGGCGGAGAUGUCCGCGAAAGCAAGCGCUACCCCUGAGAACACCGACCACCGCGGCAAGAAGAUCUACGACCUCGAGAGCAAGGAGGCGCGCGAAAUCAUGGCGAAGCAAAAGGUCCAGGGGUACACGCCCGACUUCGGAUACGUGGAGAGGGCCAACUACCUCGACCUCUACAUCCCUGUCCCCGCGGGCACCCGAGCAAAGGACGUAACGGUCGAGAUCCACCCCGACCGCAUGCUCGUCGUGGUGAAGGGGACCGGGGUCGUGACCCAGGGGCACUUUCAGGGGAAAGUGGCCCUCGACGGCUGCCACUGGCUCAUGUCCGAUCUCUCCCUGGACCCUCCCGGCUCGACGGCGCUCGGCACGCAGGACGACGAGGUUCGCCAGGGGCCCGUGUACCGAGGAGAGACGUGCGUGCAGGUGUUCCUAGAGAAGAGGAAGCCGUUCGACACGCUGUGGGAGAACGUCUACCGACCACGGGAAGAUGGCGAUUGAUGGUGCUGCUGGUGGUAGUGAUCGAAACGGUGCUCC